UUUAAUUUUGACCAAUUUCAGACGUGAAAAUGUUGAUUCCAUGAGUUUGAUUGAAUCCUACGAAGAUGGAUAGGAUCGCCCGUAUCCGGAGGAAACAGGAGAACCAUGAAACCCAACCUUGCUCCGAGUUACCAGAGACCGAUGAAAGGAUAAAGAUGGUUAGGUUAGGACGUAUCUUUUUUCCCUACCGGGUUCUUCUUCUGUUCUCCUUCAUCAUCUGUGCCCUUCAGGUUUUCAUGGGAUUUUCUUUCUUCAAUAAUACUAAAGAUGAAGAAAUAAAACUACAUAAUUCCCGAUCAUCCCUGCCCAGUCCAUCUCAAAGUGUAUUAGAUGAUAACUACAAGUGCAAUGUGUCUACAGAAACUAAGAGUGCCUUGAAGAGAGCUAAGACGGAGCAGUGCAGGACGGAGAUCCUAGAUUUAGCUUGUAGAGUUGAGAGUGGAACCUUCUUCCCGUCCUCAUUACCUCGGUACUGUGAUAUUCCAUCUGAUCCAAGUAUAGCUGGGAGAAGGUUGGGUUGCUUCAAGGAUAAUUUCUCUACCCGGAUACUUGAUGGAAACCUGGGGAAACUGAACCAGGAUAACUCUCCAAGUAAUUGUUUAAGGUUCUGCACAAAAUCUGGAUAUAUGUUUGCUGGAACCCAGUUUGGUGUAGAAUGUUUUUGUGGAAACACAUCUCCGAAACCUGAAUUCAAAAUUGUGGAUUCAGCUUGUAACAAAACGUGUUCAGGCGACCAGAGUAAAAAUUGCGGUGGCUACCUAACUAUGGAUAUUUACCACACCGGCCUCCAGCCUCCGAAAGUUACCAACCUAGCCUCGGUUGAAGCCUCCGAAACUCCGGCAAAAGUUGUCUUCCUUCUCACGCUGAACGGACGGGCCCUUAGACAGGUUCUUCGCUUGAUCCGGGUCCUCAACGGACCAGGAUCCUACUUCUACAUCCACAUUGACUCCAGGCAGGAGUAUCUGUACCGGGAGCUGGACGAAUUAUCUAGAACGAUGCCGAAUCUGAAGAUGGUUCGGAGAAGGUUUGCGUCCAUGUGGGGCGGGGUGUCUCUACUCACGAUGCUGCUCUCGUCUAUCCAGGAGCUGUUGGAGAUCCAGGACUGGGAUUGGGACUUUGUAUUGAACCUCUCGGAGUCAGACUAUCCAGUCAAACGGAGAGAGGAACUGUUCCAGUUCUUGUCCUCUAACAAGGACAAGAACUUUCUCAAGUCCCACGGGAGGAACGGACCGUCCUUUAUCAAGAAACAAGGACUGGACAAGACCUUCUUCCAGUGUGAGGAUCACAUGUGGAGGAUUGGAUCCAGGAAUCUUCCAGAAGGGAUCCAGAUAGACGGAGGGUCGGAUUGGAUUUGUCUGAACCGUGAAUUCUCUUCCUACGUAGUAAACUCCGAGGACGAAUUGAUCUCCGGACUCAAACUGGUUUUUAACUUUACUCUGCUUCCUGCUGAGACAUUCUUCCAUACGGCUCUUCAAAACUCAAGAUUCUGUAGCUCUGGAGUGAACAACAACUUGCAUCUGACAAACUGGAGAAGAAAGCUGGGAUGUAAAUGUCAAUAUAAACAUAUCGUGGAUUGGUGUGGGUGCAGUCCUAACGAUUUUAUCAGCGAGGACCAGGAGAAGUUGAAAGCAACCCAACCCCGACAGAUAUUUUUUGCCAGGAAGUUUGAACCAAUAAUCCAUCAUGAGAUUAUAAACUGGGUGGAUGACUGGUUGGAUAUCCAGGUUCCUGGAGAACCAGAGGAGCGGAACCACUACUGGCAAAACCUGUUUCAUCACAAGGACGUGGCGAGCAACCACCCGGAGCAGUUCAUCCUGUUGAUCGAGUUUCUGGCGCGGGAUUACGUUCUUUCUAGUCCUGGUUUGAAGGAGUUUAAACUUCUCCGGGUACUGGAGGUUACUUUGCACAAAUACAAGGAUGAAAUUAAGGAUUUUUUGCUUCUAUCAGAGCUUCAAAAUACUAAAGAUGAAUCCGUCCUUGUUCUGGAAAUAAAAGUUGAUUUACUCGAUGGAAACUUAGACGAAAAUAAACUAGUCUCUUCAAAACCAAAGAUAGUGUCUGUGAGUGUUGGAACGGAUUAUGACCCGAAAGAACGGGUUUUUAGAAAUUUUCUCAGAAACUACGGAUCUAGAAGCGAGAUGUCUCUCCGGGUUGAGUUUGAGCCUGGACAGGAGAAGGAGAGGAUUGAGUUUGGUUGGUUCAAUCCCUUGGGACUCCUUUCUGCUGUUACUCGUGCAAAAACCAAUGAAUCCCAGGGUUUAGAGAAUGUUAUCCCCAACCUGGAUAAACCUCUCCUGCCCGGAGUAUGGACUGUAGUUGGAGUAAACCGGGCGAGAUUGAUUAGCUCCAACCAGUUCUUGAUCCUACCCGGAGCAGAACUGAACCAGACAACUCCGAACACGGAUCCGAUUCAGAGCCAUGUCUCUCAGUACUACAAAAUGGACCCGGAGAAAACAAUUUCUGUUAAAAAUGAUCUGAACACGUUGAACCUGGAGUCUAGGGAUGCCUGGAUGCAAAAAUACUCCGCCGGCUUUUACAAGGUGGAACACGUAUGUAGUCUCCAACCCGGGGCAGGGUUCCAACCCGGGGUAGGGUUCGAACCUUGCGGAGAAACUUCAUGGAGCUCCCGAAAACAGGACUUAUCCAUUCUUAUUUAGAUAUUCCACUGUCAGACAAUAAUACAAAUCAAAUUUGUCAUUUCUGAUCCGAACUUGCAAUGUAUGCUGAUGGCAGCCUUGGACGUUUUUUCGACAAUUAAGUUGAUUCCGUGAUCUUAUGCGGCCUGGAAACUAAUAUUAAAAUCUAAAGAUCGCUCUAAAAGCUUUAAAAAAAUAAUCUUUAAGCUAUAAUAAUGGCCGCCUGCUUAUCAAUUUCUACGAAAGUAAUGCCGCAUAUAGCCAUUAGUCGCUUUGUUCCUUUAUUUCUUUAGUUUUACCACUCAGUUCAUUCAGUACACCAAUUGACUAAAGGCCGAAACUGGUUUAUGUAGUAGCACUUAGCUUUACCGAUCAGAGGCGUAAAUUUUUUAAUUUAGGGCUUGAAAGGGACUUCCCUUUACCAUAAAAAAGCGUCCUAAUGUUGAAGUCCCAGAUUUCAGAAUUAUGUAGAGCUUAAGAUUUAUCAUUACAUAA